GCUUCUUCUGAUUCCGAGUCCAAUCACAAGCCUGCUGACAUGACCUCCACCAACAGUCGGUGCGCCUGUUCCUGAAGCUCCCGAAGCUCAAGCUGGAGCUCCGACCAUGGAUAUGAGCGCGGACACGGCCAAGCCAGAAGCCCCCGCGGAGUCCUCAGCUCCUUCUGAUAAACCCAAAGAGCUCCCCAUCGUUUCCGACACCAAAGCGCCUGAGGAUGCAAAGCCGGCACAGGAUCCCCCAAGCGCCGCCGAUGCCUUCAAGGAGUCGCAUAAGCCCCCGCAUUCCGUUGAAGUCCAGUCCGUCCCCGAAACCCCCGUCAAUACGUCGACUCCGGCGAACGGGUUGCCGCGGCCAGAGCUGCCAAUCUCCGCGGAGCCGGAACAACCUGAGAAGCCAAAGGAAGACCCCGUCCUCAUCACAGAGGUGCAAGAGCCGCUACCGACUCCCUCGGCCUCUGCGCCCGGAAGUGACGUCGGACCUGAUCCUAUUGUUGAUAAGCCCGCGGCUCCCAAUGGCGAGUCGAAGCCUGCCGAGCUGAUGGCCGGCGCUCUCCAGACGGGUACCUCAGAUGCCAAGUCGGAGACAUCGGAGACGGCCGCCGGGGAGAAGCGCAAGCAGCCUGACACGGCCGAUGCUGCAGCUGCUGCCGACGAAGCAGCGGCUGAGAAAGACGACUCUGAAGAGAGUGAGCGGGCAGACAAAAAGGUGAAAAUCGACGAGAACGGCACGGCGGCCACCAACGGCGGCGCUCGUAAGCCGGGCCGCCCUAAGAAGGAUAAGAAGGCUGCUCCCGUGGUGGGCAGGACCUUGCGCAAGACCCGGAGUCAAGGGCCCGUCGAGAUUUAAGCCUUUACGGCGAAAAGCUGUCGCUGUAUGUAUAUUGAUUGCCUUGCCAAAAGU